CACACACACACACACACACUCUCCGCCCUACUCCCUCCCCUUUCAGUUCUAACCGAUCCAAUUUCGGGUCGGGUUCCCUGAGCAGCCUUCCCACUACAGAAGUAGCUGUCAGGCGAAGCAGAUACACACACACACGCCGCGCUCUGCGCUCUGGAGCAGAGUGUGCAAACAAUUAACGCCGGAUUUUCCGCCUGUCCACUGGAGCUGCCAGACUCUCUGAAAUGGACCGACCCUUUCUCCAGCUCGCCUUGUGUCUACUCUUGUCCCCACUGGCAAGCGCUAUACACCCAAUAUGUGAAAUUCUUCAACGCAUCCUAGAGAGUAAGGCCAGCUGUACAAGGAUCAAUGCGAACCAGGCGAGAGAAUUAAACAAUGCCACUGCCGAGUUACCUGGUUGCCUUUGGGAAUGGAGAACUUUGAUCUGUUGGCCCUCAACUGCGAUCGGGGAAGUAGUCAGCAGGCCCUGUCCGAAUCUUGGGGACCCUCCUUCAGUGAAGAGAAAUUUCACUGGCGUGAUAUACCGCAAGUGCACAGAACAUGGCUGGAGCAAUCUUAUUCCGGACUUCAAUGAGACUUGCGAACUUCCGAAAGAACUCUCCAAUGGAUUCAGUAGUAACCUGAAGACUUAUUAUCUCAACAUUAAAAAUGGGUACACAGUCGGAUAUAUUACAUCCACGAUCGCCUUGAUAAUCGCUAUCAUCAUAUUCACAGUCUUCAGGAAAUUUCACUGCACUCGCAAUUACAUCCACUUGAAUCUCUUUGUCUCCUUCGUCCUCCGCGCUGCUUCAGUCUUGACCAAAGAUGCCAUCUUUUUCUCCAGCAACACAAUAGACCAUUGCUCCAUCUCAACGGCGACCUGUAAAGCUGUAGUCACCCUCUUCCAGUACUGCACCCUGGCCAACUUCACAUGGCUCAUGGUCGAAGGAUUGUACCUCCAGACCCUGCUCAGCCUUGCCUUUGUAUCGAACAAAAAGUACUUCUGGUUGUACUGUUUCAUCGGUUGGGGGGCUCCAACCAUUGUAAUUGUGAUUUGGAUUAUUGUGAAGCUAAGUGUGGAUAACAGAAGAUGUUGGGAUGACAAUGCGAAUGAAUACAUCUGGUGGAUAUUAAGAGGUGCCAUUCUCCUCACAGUUCUGAUUAACUUCCUAAUAUUCCUGAACAUCAUUCAUGUUCUCAUGCAGAAACUGAGGUCACCAGAUGUUGGAGGGAACUCCCCCUCCCAUUUCAUGAGACUAACAAAAUCGACUUUGCUGCUGAUCCCGCUGUUCGGGGUCCAUUAUAUAGUGUGUGCGUGUUUUCCCGAUAACGUUGCAGAAGAUCUGAAAAUCUUCAUCGAACUUGGCAUCGGAUCGUUUCAGGGCUUUAUUGUGGCUUUACUGUACUGUUUCUUGAAUGGAGAGGUUCUGGCCGAGCUGAGGAAGUGUUGGAGACGGCAAUGGCCCAAGAGAGAAAGACCCUUCCAGACAAGGCAUAAACGGAACCUGUCGACAGAGAGCAGUGGGAUAGCCUACGCCACACAGAUCUCCUUGCUGGACAGAUUCAGUCCGAAACGGAAAACAUCUGACAGGGAAAACAGCCUCCACCCGUCCUGAAAAGGAGGGGUUCACACGCUACAUUUGAGAAGCGAUCUGUAAAUAAUGAAGAUGAAAUAAUGCAUGUUACAUUUCUUCCUGUAAAGUGACUUCUUUGGUUUAUAUUCAACCUUGCUGGUUUCAAAGCUGUUGGCAACGUUCCAGGUGGUCUGUACAUCAAGGGUCUCAGUGGGACAACACCCAGACCAUUCUUUAGAUGUUUCUGCCGCUCCAAAGGUAUCGCAAUGGACCGAGCUUCCCCUGAGUAAGACAGUCAUGCCCCAUUCUGGAGACCCAGGGCCACAUUUGGGUUGAUGUUCCAGUGCAGUGCUGAGGGAGAGCCGCACUGUCAUAGGGUC